AUGUGGAAAUAAUUCAAAAAUAUCAUUUUAGAUUAUAGAGUAGCAUCAAAGUAUACAGAAAUACAAAAUGCAAAAUUGUUUAUUUCAAAUUCAAUGGAAUUUAACUAGAACAUGACAUAUGAUAUUAAUACUAUUUCAAAAUUUAGUUAUGUUUAAGCAAGAGCAAAUCAUUCUAAAAAUCCAAUAUUGAUAAUAGGUAAAUCAUAUCCUAUACAAAAUUCAUUUACUUUACUUGAAUACAUAACUCUCUAUCCUCAAUUACUUGGACUAUAUCACAAUAAAAUACAAAAUGAAACAAUUGAAACAAAAUAAUAAUUAUUACAAAAAGGAGUAAAUAUUACUUUAUUAGAUGAUCCUCAUUAAAUAGAUGGAAUAUAUGUUUUAGGAUUAGAAAAGAAUUGGGAAAUCUAAGCUCAAGUAAUAACUUAUAAAAAAUAAAGGUUAUUUGUGAUCUUUUGAGCACUGAAAAUGGACUUAUUAAUGAUAAAUUUCAUAAAGUUGAUUAACACAUACCACUUGAAUAUUUUUAUAACAUUGGUGAUAAAAAUAUGGAAAAUCAAUAAUUGGCAAUAGAAUCUACUUAUAGACUUAUCUAUGGUUAAGAUGUUAAAAUGUCCAGAAUCAUUUCUGACUUUGAUAUUCUUAUUGACUAUUCAAAAUCUAUUAAAGAUACUAUUCUUUAUAUAAAUGAAGAUUCAAACUUUAUUGUGAAUGAUUAAUAAAUAGAGAAAAUAUGA